CCCUCCCCCCAUCCCAUCCAAAAUGGCACUAGUUAGACAACGCCGGAAUCUCAAUCUCCGCCUCCCUUUGCCGGACUCUGCUGACUGCCGCCAUCGCUUCCCUCUUCCACACCCCCCAACAUCGCUCUCCUCCGCCACUACUAGCGGUGGCGCCGCCGCACCCACCACCAUAUCCCAGGAAGUCGACCGCCUCUCUGACCUCGAGAAACUCAAAGUUCUCGGCCACGGUAAUGGAGGAACUGUCUACCAAGUCCGCCACAAGCGAACCUCCGCCAUCUACGCCCUCAAAGUCGUCCAUGGAGACUGUGACACCACCGUCCGCCGCCAGAUCUUACGCGAGAUGGAGAUCCUCCGCCGUACCGACUCUCCUUUCAUCGUCCGGUGCCACGGGAUUUUUGAGAAACCCUCCGGUGACACAGCGAUUCUCAUGGAGUACAUGGACGGCGGCACACUCGAUUCUCUCCUCAAAUCCAGUGGAACCUUAUCGGAGCUCUCACUCUCUUCCAUCGCUCGCCAAGUCCUUAACGGUCUCAACUACCUUCACUCCCAGAAGAUUGUCCACAGAGACAUCAAGCCUGCGAAUCUGCUGGUGAAUCAGAAAAUGGAGGUCAAGAUUGCAGACUUCGGGGUCAGCAAGAUCAUGUGCCGUAUGCUCGAACCAUGCGACUCUUAUGUGGGUACCUGUGCAUACAUGAGCCCUGAGAGGUUCGAUCCAGACACCUACGGUUCCAACUACAACGGCUACUCUGCGGAUAUCUGGAGUUUGGGGCUUACGCUAUUGGAGCUCUACGUGGGUCAUUUCCCCUUGCUAUCUCCAGACCAGAGACCCGAUUGGGCCACACUAAUGUGCGCCAUAUGUUUCGGAGAACCUCCGAGCUUGCCCGACUGUGCUUCGGAGGAGUUUCAGAGCUUCAUCAAUUGUUGUUUGCAGAAGGAUUCCAGUAAGAGAUGGAGUGUUUCGCAGCUCUUAUCACACCCCUUUUGUCGGCAAGGAUCUGAUGGGAUCUGAAAAUGGAACAUUGAAAAUUCUCAUGAGAGUCGCCGGUUUUUGGAAUCUCCGGUGCCGGAAUCUGUACAUAUUACGUGGGAUCAUUUUCGUGAAAAUUAUUUUGCACUGUAUAUUUUUAGUCCUUUUCACAGUAAAACUGCUUGAAAAGAGAUUUUAGGGGAAAAUUAAAGAAUUUCCAACUUAUUCUCUUA